CAUCAGGUGUUAACCUCCUGGAGGUUAACACCUGUGAGAGGUCAAUUCUCAGAGUUACAAAGGCAGCCAUGUUUGCGAUUCCUAUGUUUCAAGUUGUUGCCCUAAGACAUAAUAGAAGAGCAGAGAACUUUAUUCGAACGCCUGCCUACAGUGGAGAACCGAUUGAGCGGCAUAUGAGGCUCAACCAAGAACAAUUUGAUCACCUUGUUGAUUAUUUUCAUGGAUGGAGGCAGGCUAAUCACCAGGGGAAUGGCCAAGUCAACGCAAGUACAUCUUCAAGAAGAAUGAAAACUUUUUUGCACUACCUCGCUUCAGGAGGCUUUCACAGACAGGUCGGUUAUGCUGUUGGUUAUGCUAAGCCAACUGCAAUAUUACAUGUGACUGAGGUUUCUGACUUUUUCUUUGACAUAGCUGCGCGUCAUAUUUCAUUCCCUGAGCAGGAUGAGUUUGAUCAACUGGCCCAGCCUCUGGUUGAUAUCGACGGAGUUGAGCGGCAAGUGAUUCUUUUCAUAGACGGCGUUAUUGUGAAAAUCCAAAAGCCUGAUAGGGCUGGUGAUGCGUAUUACUGUGGGAGGCCGGGGAAAUGUUGCGACUCCAUCAACGUGCAGUACGUUGUAGAUCGAUUUGGCAGGGUAAGACACGUUAUAAGCGGAGUACCUGGAUCGACGCACGACAAAACAGCGGCCGAGUGGUCUCGAGAAUUGUUCGACUUCCUUGAUCAACUUCCAGAGGAGUAUGUUAUGCUUGGUGAUCCUGCCUACAGGAACCUGCACCGAUCUGUGCUGAUUACUUUUACGGGAAAUAAUCUUCGACAGGAACAACUAGAUUUUAACAACAGAUGCACUCGACUCCGUCAAAUAGUUGAGAGGUCUAUCGGAUGUACUGAACUGAUAUGGAGGAUCAAUCAGCUAAAAGAGAAUAGGUACGCUGCGAAAUAUGGCCCUGUUUUUCCAUCAAAAUGCACUGUAGCAACAUGCGUGUUACACAACCUUUACACCAAUUUCUUGGCUUGAACCAUAUGUGAAAGACAAAGACAAAAGUAAAAUAACUGAAAAUGAUUGCUUAUUCUUAGUAUCCCCAAUUUAGUAACUGAAAGAGAAGCCUACUUGGCUGUCCAA